AUGGUGGAAGCUGUGAGUGAAUGGAAAGUGUACGAGUGGGUAGAAAGAUUUCAAGAAGGCGGUACAUCUGUCACUGAUGAACAUCACUCAGGUCACCCAUGCACAGCUGUCAGUGAUGCCAACACUGCUCACAUGGACGCACUUACUGGUGAGAAUAGGAGGAUUUCUGUGGACCCUGUUGCCACUAUGCUGAACAUUAACGUUGGAUCUGCAUAUGGUAUCAUUCAUGAAACUCUCAAAUUUCACUACCUGUGUUCCAGGUGGGUGCCGAGACAGUUAACUGAGGAACAGAAGUUGAAGCGUGUGCUGAAUUGCAGAGCUUUCUCCACACAUUACCAUGCUGAGGGUGGACAGCUUCUUGCACGUAUUGUCACAGAGGACGAAACCUGGGUUCAUAUUAUGAACCAGAAUCCAAAAGACAAUCCAUGGAAUGACGAUGCACACCCUCUCCUUCCAAGAGAAAGUUCAAGUCGGUACCCUGUACCAGAAAAAUUAUGCUGA